CUAGUUUGUCUGCGAAGAUGAAGCUGCUUCUUUACUUAGUCUUGCUGAAGACAGCUCUCCUUGCUUUAACAAAUGUCUUUGCAGUUGUUUUAGAAGAUGAAGAGGAUGCUAAAGAAAGAAAAGUUACUGAGACUUGUCCUAUAAAGCUCAAAACUAAUCAGAAAUGUGAUGGAGGGGAGUGUCCAUAUCAGAUAAAUCUGCCUCCGAUGACCAUUCAGUUACCUAAAGAAUUCAGACUGCUGGAGAAGACUCUCAAAGAAGUACAGACCCUUAAAGAAGCAGUAAACAAGCUGAAGAAAUGCUGCCAAGAUUGCAAGCUGCAGGCAGAUGACAACCAAGAAAGAGACAGUAGUAAUGAAUUUCUGCUGCCUGAUGCAGAAACUCCAGCAGAAAACAGCAAAGUCCAAGAUAACAGAGUAAAGGAACUGCAAAGCAAAGUUAACAGAAUGGCAACCAGCUUAAAAAAUGCAAAGAGCCAGAUUCAGACACUGCAGGGUCGUUUAGAGAAGAUGAGCCUCAUAAAUAUGAACAAUGUGGAACAUUAUGUUGACAGCAAAGUUGCUAAUUUGACUUUUGUUGUGAACAGCCUUGAUAACAAAUGUUCUUCUAAAUGUCCAGCAAUGCAACCAAAACCUGUUAUACAGAUAAUGCAGAGAGACUGUGCUGACCAUUACACAGCUGGCAGAAGGAUUAAUGGAAUCUACAGGAUUAGCCCUGACCCCAGAAACGACAGCUUUGAAGUUUACUGUGACAUGCAAACACACGGAGGCGGCUGGACAGUGCUGCAACGGCGUCAGGAUGGUAGCACUAACUUCAACAGAACCUGGAACGACUACAAAAAUGGCUUUGGAAACCUCAGCAGGGAGUUUUGGCUGGGGAAUGACAAAAUUCACCUCCUGACAAAGAGCCAGGAAAUGCAACUGAGAAUUGAACUCGAAGAUUUCAAUGGUAUCAGAGAGUACGCAAAAUACGAACACUUCUACGUGGCCAAUGAAUAUCUAAAGUACCGUCUAAGUGUUCAUGGCUAUAGCGGCACAGCAGGAGAUGCUCUUCACUACAGCAAGCAUUACAACCAUGAUCAAAAGUUCUUUACAACUCCGGACAAGGACAACGAUAGGUAUCCCUCAGGAAACUGUGGAGCAUACUACAGCUCUGGCUGGUGGUUUGAUGCAUGCUUGUCUGCCAACCUCAAUGGCAAGUACUACCACAAGAAAUACAAAGGUGUUCGCAAUGGCAUUUUCUGGGGUACAUGGCAUGGUAUUUCUGAUGAUAUUCCCAAUGGAUAUAGGCAAGCCUUUAAAUCAGCAAAAAUCAUGAUCAGACCCAAAAGUUUUGUGCAGUAAUUCCACGCCUUUCUCUUAACUAGUUUGCAUUGGAUUGCACUCAAAAUCAUACUCAGUGUUAUACUCAGCAUUCAAGUAUUCAGUUAUAUUUGGCAUAAAAUAGUUCUAGACAAAACAACAUACUUGCACAUACAUUUUUAGAAAUAGUUUGACCCAUAUAAUGUAUUAAAAACAGCAUGAAUGUUUCUGAAUAGUUAUUGCUAAAACUUAGCACAGGUUAAGUCUUGGGAUCAUUAUGUAAAUAUUCUAAACAUUGCUUUUGGUGCUUUUACUGACUGUGAUAUACC